AUAUCGGUGUAUUUUCAAGUUUAUAAAAAAAGACUCAAAAACAUCACCUUCCGGGAAUAAACAUUGAAUUUAUGACAUGGAAUAGAAUUUUUGAUAUAUGCCAAAACCCCUGCUCUACCCUCGUGUGUUCUAUCCACCUGUACUAUUUGUUAUAAUGCAGAGGAAGUAUUCUGUAUUAACCAUGGAACCGUGACAAAAAUGACAUCAACAGUAUUUUGUUGAAUCUAAAAAGAAAACCAGGGGCGUACCGAAGGUGUCAAUCGUAUGGGAAUGAUUUAAAUGAAAAUGCCGACUUCGUGGUAGAAUAAGAGCAAAAUUUGUUUGCUCGUGUUUUAUCAUACAAUUUUAUUUGAUCAACAUUGAGAAAUGAAUAUAUAACAUCUGUAUGCGACUAAAUGUUUAGUGUUAUCUAUGACUCUAACCACAACAAAUAACAUACAAUAUUUUGGGAAAAGGAGUAAAAAGGUACGAAGCGAUUAUCAGAUAAUAAUUCGAGAUGGUUUUUAUCAAUAGAACUAUCUGCUUGAGAUUCUCAUUCUGCGCUAUGUCAAAACCGAUCAUUUCCCAACGAUUGCACGCAAGUCUUGCACUUUACUCCUGCAGAAUGAAGCAGCAUUAACGAAUUGAAGCGAUCAUCCACUACUGUUGUCCGUAAAUGAUUUAGGACUAAGUUCAUAGCUUUCGCUAAAAGAGGGUUUACAGGAAGCUGACCUCACCGGAGCAGUCAUGAUAUAACAAACAAAUUUGUACGUCAGGGGGAUAACAGCUCAUAUCUAUUUUGGAAAUAUAUCCACAAUUUGAACAUUGAUCCUGAUUCGAGAAGAGUUUCAGCUAGGUCGAUAGACUACCCAUCACAAACCUUCUGCGCACGACGCGUCGUCCAGACUGGUCCGAAGAAGUCAGCAGUGUUCUGCUGACAGCAGCACGGAAUGUCUUCUACUGCUGCCUCCUAAAACUACUACGAGUCCAGUGCACGAUGGGGUUAAAGCUGCUGACCGUUUCAGAAAUGUAACGCAGUGUUUUUAUUUAUUUUUUAUUGAGAAGAGAAAUUAUGACACAAUAUACUCACAAGCUGGCCGGUCCUGGUAGACAACUGUUCGUAACCGGCAAGCCCGAAUACUUGGGUCAACUAUUAGCCUCCCUAGCGGUCUCACUUGGUCCCCUAGCCUCAGGACUGGGCAAGGGCUACAGCUCUCCGGCCAUAGCUUCGUUACAACAACGAGACGCGAAAGCUUUCGACGUCAACGGACAACAAGCCUCUUGGGUGGCCUCCUUGGGGCUCUUGGGAGCCUUAUUCGGAGCGCCACUGGGGGGUGUGGCCAUGAAAUGGGGCCGAAAACGGACGCUGAUUAUGGCCGGGGUACCUUUGUCGUUGUGCUGGAUUUUGACGGUGUUUGCUGUCAGUGUGAAGGUAAUGUGCUUCGCCUCUUUUACAAGCGGCUUCCUAGUAGCCAUAGUACAACUGGCCGCUCAAGUCUACGUGAGCGAAAUCGCCGCGCCAUCAAUCCGCGGAGGACUCAGCGCACUUUUAAAGAUAUCAGGACAUGCUGGAGUCCUCAUAGCGUUCGCUGCUGGGGCAUUCUUGGACUGGCGACAACUGGCCGGUCUCAUAUCGUUUGCCCCGGCAGCAAUGUGCUUGGCAAUGCUAAGAAUCCCCGAAAGUCCCGGCUGGUUAGUGCUAAAAGGUCACGACGCGGAAGCCAAGAAAGCCCUAAAGUGGCUACGGGGCGAAAACGCUGAUUUGCAGCUGGAACUCUCGCUGCUGCAAGCACACAUCAUGUCCAAGAGGAUCCCGAGCAAUCCGAAGUUGCUGCUACAAACGCUAGGGACGCCAGCGUUGAUCGCGUGCGGUCUAAUGUUCUUCCAACGCUUCUCCGGAGCGCACGCCUUCAACUUUUAUAUUGUAAGCGUGUUUAAGGAGACAUUCGGCGGUACUAACCCACAUAGCGCAGCUGUAGCUGUCGGGGUGGUCCAGCUAUUGUCAGCUUUAUUAUCUGGGCUUCUGGUGGACAGCGCCGGACGGCUGCCCCUAUUGGUGGCCUCUAGUAUGCUGAUGUGCUUGGCCCUGGCCUCUUUCGGUUCGUUUUCUUACUACGAAGCAACCAACCCCAAGGCGGUACCUCAUUUAGACUGGAUACCGUUGCUGUGUGUUUUGGUUUUUACUGUAGCAUUCUCGCUUGGGAUUAGCCCGAUUUCUUCACUGUUGGUCAGCGAAUUGUUCUCGUUAGAACAUCGAGGCUUGGGCACCGCUCUGGCGAACUGUUUCAGCUACUUAUGUGCCUUCGUUGGUGUUAAAACCUUCAUAGAUUUCCAGGAGUGGCUCGGUUUGUACGGGGCUUUUUGGUUGUACGCUUUUAUAGCUGUGUGCGGGCUGUGUUUUGUCGUAUGCUGCGUGCCGGAGACUAAGGGAAGGGAUUUGACAGAGAUCGACGCCGAUAGCUGACCUAGACAGGGAAAACAGCUACGGAAGGUAUCUGUCAAUGUGGUUGAAAGGUAUUGCUAGUGUAGCUGUUUUUUUUGUGUUUUAUUUGUUGGUCUUAAUGUGUGCUUAAGGGUGGUAUUGCAAUUUUAGAUUGCGGUAGGAGUAAGAAAGUUCUUGAAUCAAAAGGCUCAGGAAGUAAUUCGUUUUUCAUGGAAAAACAACGAAAUUCCCAUGCAAAAUGCAAAAUUAUUUAUAAUUUUGGACGAAAUUUAAAAGAAGACUUCGAAAUUGAAAAAAGAUGUUUUUUUUUUAAAUUGCUGCAAUUGUUUACUUCUAAAUGCAGAAUAAUUUUUUUCAUUUUUAAAUAUAAUGAAAAAGACAAAGUCGAAAAAAAUUGAAAAAUUUCUGCUUCUAGAAAUUUAUAGAAAAGCAUGAAAAUGCUUUAACAGUUAAUGAAAAACUCGGCAAGAGUAGCCAGAGAAGUAGUAAAAAAUUGAGACAUUACAUUUCAGGCAAAUAAUCAUAAUUUUCAAAAAAAAAACAAAAAUGUAGAUUUUUCGAAAAUGAUUGUAUUCGCAGAACUUUCAUUAGUUUUUGCUGAUUUUUUUUUCAGGUAUUAAAGUUAAUUAUGUUCCAAGAUUUCAGAGACGUUUCUUCAUUUGAGGCCUUUUAGGGAUUUAAUUAAAUUUUUCCAUAUUUUCUUGGCCUUCGGGGUGAUUUUUUGUAUUUUUCCAGGCAUUUUUCAUUUUAUUGCAGGCAUUGCAGAUCGUUUUAAUGAUUUCCAGGUCAACAUUUUUUAAGUCACCUUUCAGAAGUUAACCGUAUUUUUUCUACGAGGGUGAGUUCUUUCAGGCGUAUUUUUCCAGAUCUAAGGAUUAGUUACCAAUUUUAUUCUUUGCAAUUUCUUUCAUGUAUGUAAAGCAAUUUUUCAUUCAGGACUUUAGAGAUAUCUUUUAUUUUAUUUUAAUCAUCUAUUGUGAUCUUUUAUAUCUUUCGGGGAUUUAAAUUUUUUACAUAUUUUCCAGGGCUUCUUCACAAGAAUUUAAAGAAAUAAGUUCAGGCAUUCGUCGUUGAUUUUUCAUGUCUAAGAUAUGUGAAGUGAGUAGUUUUUCAUGAGUCACUUUCUCUGUUUUCAGACAUUUUAAAUAUUUUUCCAUGUCAAUUGUCAUGUUAUUCCAGGCCUUCCAGGUCUAGGAUUUUCGAGUUAUUUACCAUGUUUUUCAGGAAUCUGACUUAUUUUUUCCAAAUAUUUGAAGUAUUUCUUGAUAUUAUUCCAGGCAAUUGAAGACUUUUUGAUGCUUUCCAUAAUUUUUAGCAUUUUACAAGGAUCUUUAAAAAAAUCUUUUUUUUUUUAAAUUUUUCUUUUUAUUCUUUCGCAAUUGAUAUUUUUCAAAAAUUAUUUAGGAAAUCAAAAUGAUCUUUGAAACGUAGGCAAAACCGGGAUUUUUGAGUCAUUUAGUGGGUUUCCAGGAAUUUUACAUUAUUUUCAAAAUAUGACAGAAAUUCCAAUUAAUUUUCCAUAUUUUACAGACACUUCAAGACUUUCUUAUUUCAGUUCACUCUUUACAUUUUCCAGAAAUUUCAAAGAUUUCCUCACGUUUUUCAGGCUUUCGAAGUCCUUUUUUUAAUUAUGUUUUAGACCCAUGUAAUGUCUUUUCUCCAGAAUUUGAAGCAACUUUCAAUUUUACUCUUUUUUCCCUUUUAAUUGUUUCCAGAGUUUGGAGUAAUUUUAUGUACCUUCCAGGAAUCUGUGAUGAGAUCCUUUAUGUCUUCCACGUAUUCCAUCCCAUAUUUUUUUGGAGCGAUUUUCUUAUGUUUUUUUUCUGGAAAAAAAAUUCUUUCCUGGUAAAUAAUUGUAUAUGGAACCUUUUCUUGAUACUAGUUCUAUAAAAAUAAAAUUUUCACUAUUUAAAUAAAUAA